CUCCUUCUCUGCUGUGAGAAGGCCCGAGUGUGGAAGAGGCGUCUGGGGGUCCCUGGAAUUUAGGGUGGGGGGUCCCACAGGACUUCCAACACCAUGAAUACAGAAGGCUUUAGGAGAGCGGCAAUCAGGAGGAAAUCCAACCCAAGCCUAGGGACCGGCCCUCUGCUUCUAACUGUGCACAAGGACUCUGAGAAUGAGCAGGAGCCUGGUGGCAGUGCCGUCUGCCCCCGGAUUCUACCCAUCUGGAGACCCAUCUCGACCAGCACCGACCAGUUGGUGGAGCAGAGCAGACAAAAUGAUACGGCUACGGGGUCAAGAGUGAAGAACGGCGCCAGGACUGCGAACGGGAGCCCGAAACCGGCAGUGCCGCCCAAACCUGCAGAGUUGCCGCCCUCUCCCUAUACAAACCCAAAUCGAGCCUUUCGGACGGCCCCUCGCGGAAUGCAAAGGAUGGACGGAAGUACCCCCACCUCGGCAGAGAAAUCGAGCAAGAUCUCCGAUCUCAUCAGCCGAUUUGAGAACAGUCCUAGCGAGACCAAGAAGGACUUUUCAGAUGUAAACAAUGGAUCGAAUCACAGAACUGUAGCUAAAGUCACCCUACAAUCCAGAUCUUUUAUGGAGCAUCCCCUUCUCCAGAAGCAAACCAUGAGCCUAGAACUCACUCUGGAUCAGCCGAAGCCUACUUCCAAUGGGAUGGUAACGGCCAGCGAAACGGACUGUGGGGAACAUUCUACUCCUCGAACGCAGCCUUCUUCUCCUGGCAUACCACCAACGCACCAACUUCUGCUGGAUCCUCCUCCUCCUCUUACUCCUGGGAAAAUCUCUUCUCCCGUGACGUUAGAUGGACCUUCGCCAGAAACUCUUACGAAUGGGAAACAUCCCGAUACUCCCAGUGACCCAUCCACGAAUCCCGCGUACACAGGGCAGGUUAAUAUUGGAUAUCAGGAAACUGAAGACCCCGUCGACGGUGAAGUAGGAGAUGACGACAGCCUCAGCGAUGCACUCAGGCAGUCGGGGGAAUUCAAGGAAACAAACGAACAGAGGCUGCAUAAUAUCGCCAACGAGCUCUUACAGACGGAGAGGGCUUACGUCAGCCGCCUCGAUCUUCUGAAGACAUUCAAUGAAGCGUUGGAAAAAGAAGCCAAAAAGGGCUCUUUUCCCCAAGAGGUGCCGAAAACAAUAUUCUCAAACAUUUUAUCGAUACGUAGUUUCCAUGAGAAGUUUCUGCUGCCGGAUUUAGAAAGUCGGAUGAUGGAAUGGUCUGUCAAUCCAAGGAUUGGAGACAUUUUGCAGAAGCUGUCCCCUUUUUUAAAGAUGUACGCGGAAUACGUUAAGAACUUUGACACCGCCAUGGAAACGGUGAAAACGUGGCGAGAGAGGUCGGCGCAGUUUAAACAUGUGAUUGAUGAAAUUCAGAGAGAGGGGAAAUGCGGGAAUUUGACUCUGCAGCACCACAUGCUGGAGCCCGUCCAACGCAUUCCGCGAUACGAAAUGUUGCUGAAGGAUUACCUGCGGAAACUCCCCCAGGACUCCCUCGACUACAAGGACGCGGAAAAGUCCCUGGAGAUUAUUUCAACAGCGGCGACGCACUCAAAUACGUCGAUACGGAAAAUGGAGAACCUGAAGAAGCUGCUGAUGGUCUACGAGAUGCUUGGAGAAGAGGAGGACAUUGUCAAUCCGUCCAACGAGCUGCUAAAAGAAGGACAGAUCCUUAAACUUGCUGCCCGCAACACGUCGGCUCAGGAGAGGCAUCUGUUCUUAUUUAACAACAUGUUGCUUUACUGCGUUCCGAAGUUCAGUUUGGUCGGAACCAAGUAUUCCGUUCGCACGAAGAUCGGUUUGGAAGGCAUGACCGUGGCCGAGACUCAAAAUGAGGAUUAUCCGCACACCUUCCAGAUAUCCGGCAAAGAGCGGACGCUGGAGCUACAAGCCAGCUCCGAACAAAACAAAGAAGAAUGGAUUAAGGCUGUCCAGAGCGCAGUAGCAGAAUUUCGGCAGCGAAAUGAAACUUUUCUAAUUGCCAACUCUAGAAAAAAUGAAGAGGCAUCCACUGAAGUCAAUAGAGCUGAAUUGGGGAUUAGAGCCCCGAAAUGGAUCCGAGACAACGAGGUGACAAUGUGCAUGAAAUGCAAGGAGCAGUUUAACGCGUUGACGCGGAGGCGGCAUCAUUGUCGGGCGUGUGGACACGUUGUUUGCUGGAAAUGCUCCGAUUACAAGGCUCCGCUUGCCUAUGACGGAGACAAGAUGAAUAAAGUUUGUAAAGAUUGUUUCUACAUAUUACGAGGCGGCUCGGACAGCGAAGAAAAAGAGAAAAAGAGAGGAAUCCUGGAGAUUGAAUCGGCGGAGGUUUCCGGAAACAGCGUGAUCUGCAGUUUUCUCCAAUAUAAUGAGAAAUCCAAGCCUUGGCAGAAAGUUUGGUGUGUUAUCCCGAAACAAGAAGCUCUGGUUUUAUACAUGUACGGAGCACCCCAGGACGUUAAAGCCCAGGCGACCAUCCCUCUCUUGGGAUACAGCAUCGAAGAAAUCCGGAGCUCCGAUUUACCGCACAGCUUCAAACUGUCGCAGUCCAAGUUUGUUCACAGCUUCUCGGCGGACAGCGAAGAACUCAAACAGAAAUGGUUACGGGUCAUCAACCUGGCAGUGAAAGGAGAGACUCUGGAGAUUCCCGGGGAGACGAACGCCUCCGAGGACAGGCAGGCAGAACUUUCCGAGUAGCGCCACAGAAACCCCCCUAUUUAUUUAAAUGUCGAAAUUGGGACUCUUAGCGGACAAAAACGUGGACUUUUUUAUUUUGCCCAAGAGCCAAACCUGGCUGGUCUUCUGACCUGAAAGAGGUCAUCAGCAGAAGACUCAAGACAGGACUUGAAAGACUUGUUGCAGGACUUGGAGGAUGAAAAUAAAAGUCCCUUUUUCAGUUUUAUUGGUUUCAACUCAGCCGCCAAGAUGUACAAUCACUCGAAGUUUUUGCACUACAUGCUGGGUUUUUAAGAACAUUCGGUGAACUCUGGAAUCCAGAAUAUAAAUAAUAUAUAAUGUAUUUUCUCUAAUGGAAGAAUUAGAAUUCUGGGCGUAAAAAAACAAAACAAAAACCUAAAUGUGGGUUUUAGGUUUCAUAAGAACCUCAUAGUUUUAAUCGGAAUGAUUAAUCAAACAGUGUUUAUUAAGCUGAUUAUUCUAGGUUAGAAGCUGGUAAUUCUAGACCUCGGCGACGUUCACUCAUUUAGCAAAUCGAAUCACCAAACGGUGCGAAAUUAAAAUAAUUUAAGAGGUU